AUGAAAUGGCUGCAUCACCUAGUAGGCUUAGCUGGAGAAGAAGAAGAAGUGACCACUUUCCUAUCAAAAAGACUAGCAUUAGUAAAGAAACUAGGAAUCAUAGAAAUUAAACUACAGUUUUCAUCUGAUAUAGCAAAAACCAUAUUCGCAAGUAGCUACUUCAACCAAGGAUUGAAAAAAUGGAUAAAUGAUUGGAACGAAGAAGCUUACGUACAAUAUGACGCCAAAGAACUUUAUGGAGAUGUCAUCAAAUACCCCAGCACAAGAGGGCCAUCAGAUCUAUUAAGCGCUCUUUCUAAUUUAGAAGAACCAGACAGAUAUCAAGUGAUAAGAUACAAGGGAAAAAUAUCUCCUGAAGGAUGGGUCCACAGAUGA